AUGACUAGCCCAUUAGAUGAAUUAGCAAUCUCUAUUGCGGAUUUGAGCAUUCAUCAAAAUAAUAAACAAUCCCCAUAUAUUAUCAAGAGUGAUACUCCAGAACCUGUUGAUGAUUUAUCGAACUUUAAAGAAAAGUUCAGAGAUUAUUUAAUUAAAUAUAAAGAAGUUGCUGAAAAUGCUAAACACAUUCCAAAUGGUGAAAAAACUAUGAUAGUCUUAUCACCUUUAUCAUUAAAACAUGCUUUUGGUAGAGAUUGGGUAUCUAAAACUUAUAUUUCAACCAUUGUGGAAAGACCUCAAAGACUUUUAGCUACUUCUAUGGGUAUCGCUGCUGCAUUUUCAAUGUUCCCAUCACAAUAUACAUUAGUUUCAUCAAAGAAAAAAUCCCCAUUAAAUAGUCCUCAUGUUUUAAAAAUUCAUGGUAAAAAUUGGCCUAGAGACUUAGAGGAAAAAUGUCUUGAAAGUGAAGCUAAAUUAGCUGCAGGUCAAAUUGAAGUCCCAGAUGAUUGGAACAGUGGUGAUAUUUACUUAACAAGAGGUACAAUUGAUGCUAUUUCAGGUGUCAUUGGCUCUAUUGAAACUGCUAUAGAUACAAUAUUGGAUUCUGAUAUCAAUACACCGAAGAGAGCUUUUGUUGCAAUUAGACCACCGGGUCAUCAUAGUCAUCCCUGUGCUCCUUCUGGGUUUUGCCUCAUUAAUAAUGCUCAAAUAGCUAUUGAAUAUAGUGCAGAUAAACAUGAUGUUACCCAUGCUGUUAUCUUAGAUAUUGAUCUUCAUCAUGGUGAUGGAUCACAAGAUAUUUGUUGGCAAAAGGCAGGUUUUGAACCGGAUUUUGGUGAAUCCGCUGCUGGUUAUGAAACUGAAAGUGAUGAUGAUUCAUCUUUUAAGAAAGAAGCUACUGAACCAAAGGUUGGUUAUUUCUCAUUACAUGAUAUUAAUUCAUUCCCAACAGAGUUAGGUUAUGCAACUGCAGGUAAUAUAAAAAAUGCAUCAACUUGUAUAAUGGCUCAUGAUUUGGGUAUUUGGAAUGUUCAUUUACAACCUUAUGAAAAAGAAGAAGAUUUUUAUAAUGAUUAUAAAGAACGUUAUACACAAGUUCUUAAAAAAGCUGAUGAAUAUUUAUCAAAUGCUAGAAGAAGUUAUGAAUUAGAAAAUGCCAAAAAUCCAAAUAAAAAACCUUUUAAAGCUUUAAUUGUUAUUAGCGCUGGAUUUGAUGCUUCAGAAUAUGAAGUUCAAACAAUGCAACGUCAUGGAGUUCAUGUUCCAACAUCAUUCUAUGCCAAAUUCACAUCAGACGCUAUUAAACUAGCCAAAAGACAUUCAAAUGGCUCAAUUUUAUCAUUAUUAGAAGGUGGUUAUUCAGAUGGUGCAUUAUCAUCAGGUGUUUUCUCUCAUUUAGUUGGAUUACAAGAACUAAAAUGGGAUCAAUCAUGGGGUAGUCCAGAAGUUGUAAAAGAAUUAGUUAAAGGUUGUAAACCAAAAUGGAAUUAUACAAAAUCACCAAGUACUGAAAUUAAAAAAUGGACAAAUGAAGUUUGUUCAAUUGGUAGAUCAUUAUUACCAAAUUCAAUAAUAUCACCAAUUACUAAAAAUGUUAAUGGAACUCCUAGUUCAGAAACACCAAGUACUGGUAGAGUUUUAAGAUCUCGUAAUUCAAAUUUCCCACCUGCUCAAAAAAUGGUUCAAGAUGAUGUUGCUAUACCAAUUGAUGAUGUUCAUGUAACUCCAACACCAAUUCCAAAAACUGAACCAAUUGAAGAAUCAACUCCAACUCCAACUCCUUUACUGAACCACACUUCACAUGAAGGUGAAAUAAAAAGUGAACAUGAAGGUGAAUUCGUUAAAAAUUUCAAAAAAGUUGAUGGAAAUUGGAAAAUAAUACCCAAACAUGAAAUCUAA